UGGAGAGACUUUCACUAACAAGGGGCUCAGCAAAUGAUCGUACCCAGAGAUUCUAUGGCCUUAAUAAUUGUUUCUAUCAGUGGAAGAUGCUCUUUUCUGUUUAACUUGCAAAAACCUUAUUUCUUUGUCAUAGCUCCAUCUUUAUAUGUAUACGUAAAUUGAGCAAGUUCUUUCAUUAUAACACCAACUGCAUUUCACUGUGAAGUGUGGCCACCAACAAAGAGAAAAGGAACCUGGGAAGAAAAUCAUGGAAGACAGAAGUGGUAGCUCUUAUAAACUUUCGGCAGGCAAACCGGCGUCAGAGUUGGAAACACUGCAGAAGCAGCACGAGGAGAGAACGGUGAAGAUCCAAGAGCUCAAGAAACGAAUCGAAACUGUGAAGCUUCGGUUGGAGCAGAAGAAGAAAAAGGAAACCCCAGGUGAGAAUAAGGAAGCUUUCCACGACCUGAUCCUCAAAUAUAACAGCCUGAGAGAUGAAUAUAUUGCACUGUCGAGGGACAAGUCAAGGGACCUGAAUAAAUAAGGGCAAACUGUUUUCUUCAGUUUAUCAGCUCUGUUCAAGUACUUUGCUUAAUGGGUUAACAAGUGUUUCUGCAAUUAAAACAAUAGAUAUAUAAGACA